UCUUACUGGGCAGCACCAACCAGAGACCAAUACCCUCCAGAGGUGAGAGGCAUCCUACUCUCGGGUCCCGUCUCUCUAUCUUCUGUUCUGCAUUCAGAACCAGAGCCUGAAGAGGCCCUCAGCUUUAGGAAUGGCGGUCCUUAUUAUUUUUUACCUAUUUAGUGUUCUGGUGACAGGUAUGUGUGAAGAUGGGUCUAGGAGUGACAGGGAAUGUGAACCAGGCCUGGGUCCCCAUUGCCCCUCUGUAUCUCCGAGUGCCCAGCCUUGGACACACCCUGCCCAGAGCCAGCUGUUUGCAGACCUGAGCCCAGAGGAGCUGACAGCUGUGAUGAGUUUUCUGACCCAGAAGCUGGGGCCAGGGCUGGUGGAUGCAGCCCAGGCUCGCCCCUCAGACAACUGUGUCUUCUCAGUGGAGCUGCAGCUACCCCCCAAGGCUGCAGCCCUGGCCCACUUGGACAGAGGGGGCCCUCCACCUGCCCGGGAAGCUGUGGCCAUCAUCUUCUUUGGUGGACAACCCCAGCCCAACGUGAGUGAACUGGUGGUGGGGCCGCUGCCUCACCCCUCCUACAUGCGGGACGUGACCCUGGAGCGUCAUGGGGGCCCCCUGCCCUAUCACCGGCGCCCCGUGCUGUUCCGAGAAUACCUGGACAUAGACCAGAUGAUCUUCAGCAGAGAGCUGCCCCAGGCUGCGGGGCUUCUCCACCACUGCUGCUUCUACAAACGCCAGGGAAGAAACUUGGUAACAAUGAACACAGCCCCCCGUGGUCUGCAAUCAGGGGACAGGGCCACCUGGUUUGGCCUCUACUAUAACCUCUCAGGGGCUGGGUUUUUCCUGCACCCGGUGGGGUUGGAACUGCUGGUAGACCACAAGGCCCUGGACCCUGCCCACUGGACCAUCCAGAAGGUAUUCUAUCAAGGCCGCUACUAUGAGAGUCUGGCCCAACUGGAGGACCAGUUUGAGGCUGGCCUGGUGAAUGUGGUGCUAAUCCCAGACAAUGGCACAGGUGGGUCCUGGUCCCUGAAGUCCCCGUUGCCCCCGGGUCCAGCUCCCCCUCUGCAGUUCCAUCCCCAGGGUCCCCGCUUCAGUGUCCAGGGGAGUCGAGUGGCCUCCUCAUUGUGGACUUUCUCCUUUGGCCUUGGAGCUUUCAGUGGCCCAAGGAUCUUUGACAUCCGCUUCCAAGGGGAGAGGGUGGCCUAUGAAGUCAGCGUCCAGGAAGCCUUGACCAUCUAUGGAGGAAAUUCUCCUGCUGCUCUGCGAAGCCGCUACACAGAUGGUGGUUUUGGCCUGGGUCAUUUCUCUUCCCCAUUGACUCGUGGGGUGGACUGCCCCUACCUGGCCACCUAUGUGGACUGGCACUUCCUUUUGGAGUCUCAGACCCCCAAGACAAUACGUGAUGCCUUUUGUGUGUUUGAACAGAAUCAGGGCCUCCCCUUGCGGCGACACCACUCAGAUAUCCACUCCCAUUAUUUCGGGGGCCUUGCAGAGACAGUGCUGGUCGUCAGAUCUGUGUCCACCAUGCUCAACUAUGACUAUGUGUGGGAUAUGGUCUUCCACCCCAAUGGGGCCAUAGAAGUCAAAGUCCAUGCCACGGGCUACAUCAGCUCUUCAUUCCUCUUUGGUGCUGCCCGAAGGUACGGGAACCGAGUUGGGGAGCACACACUGGGCACGGUCCACACCCACAGUGCUCACUUCAAGGUGGAUCUGGAUGUGGCAGGACUGGAGAACUGGGUCUGGGCUGAGGACAUGACCUUUGUCCCCAUGAGUGUGCCCUGGCACCCUGAGUACCAAGUGCAGAGGCUGCAAGUGACCCGGAGGUUGCUGGAGACAGAGGAGCAGGCUGCCUUCCCCCUGGGAGGGGCCACUCCCCGCUACCUGUACCUGGCCAGCAACCACAGCAACAAGUGGGGUCACCCCCGAGGCUACCGCAUCCAGACACUCAGCUUUGCUGGAGAGCCACUGCCCCAGAACAGCUCCAUGGAGAGAGCCUUCAGCUGGGGGAGGUACCAGCUGGCUGUGACACAGCGGAAGGAGGGGGAACCCAGUAGCACCAGCAUCUACAAUUUGAAUGACCCCUGGACACCUACGGUGGACUUCACUGACUUCAUCAAUAAUGAGACUAUUGUAGGGCAGGACUUGGUGGCCUGGGUGACAGCUGGUUUUCUGCACAUCCCACAUGCAGAGGACAUUCCCAACACGGUGACUGUGGGGAAUGGGGUGGGCUUCUUCCUCCGACCCUACAACUUCUUUGACGAGGACCCCUCCUUCUACUCUGCUGACUCUGUCUAUUUCCGGGAGGACCAGGAUGCUGGGGCCUGUGAGAUCAACCCCCAGGCUUGCCUAUCCCAGGCUGCUGCCUGUGCCCCCAACCUCCCUGCCUUCUCCCAUGGGGGCUUCUCUCACAACUAGUUGAUCCCUGGGAUGGCCAGUCUGACCAGGGGUCCUGGGGUCAGGGUAAGAAGGAUGGGCAGCAACUGGACACUGGGCAGGGCAUGCUGUUUUCCUCUUCUCCCUCCUUAUACCCUGAUGUCUCUGCCAAGGUCCUCUCUCUUCCACUGUUCUCCUUUGCCUCCUCCUCCCUGGCUGGAGCAUCCUGACCCUGAGACAGAGGAACACUGGGCUUGGUGGAUCCCAGCUGUGCUGAGUUCCUACCCUAGGGAGGGGAGGAAUGACCCAGCCAGAGGGCUAGAGCAAUGACCAAGCUUGUCCUCAGGUGACUCCUGUGUCUUCUAAGCUUUUUUCCUCUUAUAUUUAUAAAUGAGACAUGAUUCAUAAAACUUAAAAUUUAUUAUUUUAAGUAUAUUAUUUAGUGGCUUUUCAUAUAGUCACAAUGUUGCGCAACCAUUGCCUCUAAUUCCAGAUCAUUUUCAUCACUCCAGAAAGAAACCCCAUCCCUAGUCAGGCACCAUGGCCCACACCUGUAAUCCCAGUGACCGGGGAGGCUGAAACAACAGAAUCACAAGUUCAAAGCCAGUCUCAGCGACUUAGCAAGGCCCUAAGCAACUUAGUGUGAGACCUUCUAUCUAAAUAAAAAAUAAAAAAGGGCUGGGGAUGUGGCUCAGUGGUCAAGCACCCCUGGGUUCAAUCCUGGGUACCCUCAAAAAAGGAACCCCAUACCUAUUAGCAGUCACUCCCCAUUCCUCCCCUACCCCUUCCCAGAUCUGGAUAAUCAUUAAUCUACUUUCUGCCACUAUGGAUUUGUCUAUAUCUGAACAUGUUAUAUCAGUGGAUUCAUUCAGUAUAUGGUCUUUCAUGAUUGGCUUCUUUCAUUUAGCAUGCUUUGAAGUGCAUUAAUUUUAUAGUGUCUAUCACUGCUUCAUUCCUUUAUUGCUAAAUAAUAUUCCAUUGUAUGGUGUUAGAAUUUGGAUCUUGAACGUCCCCUAAAGGCUCAAGUAUUAAAUGCUUGGUGGUCCUAUUGGGAGAUGGUGGAAUCUCUGGAAGGUGGGGACUUGUGGGAGGUCCUUAGGUUAUUGGCUGUGUAUCCUUGAAGGGAAUUGUGAAAUUCCCAUCCCUUUCUCUCUCUCUCUCUCUUUUGCUCCCUGGCUCCUGACAUAGUGAUUUUGCUCUGCCUCUCACUUCUGCCAUGAUAUACUGCUUGCCUUAGGCCCAAAGCAACAUAACCAGUCAGUCAUGGACUGGAACUUCCCACACUGUAAGUCAAAAUAAAUAUUUUCUCUUCAUAAGUAAAUUGCUUCAAGUAUUUUGUUAUAGUAAUAGAAAGAUGAUUAACACAUAUGAAUAAACCAUAUUUUGUUUACUUGUUUAUUAG